UAUUUAUCUACAAUAGAUUAUUUUCUAAAUACAAACAAAAUAUUUUGGCUACAAAAAUGUGUGGAUUUAUGAUAUAUGGUUGUCGUCCAAAUGUAUAACAAAAAAGAAGUGAGAUCACGUGAUAUUACAGAACCAAGGAACAAACGAACCGACCACAUCAACAAACGAAAUUUUCUAAUGGCAAUUCUCUCACGGCUUUUGUCACAUAUUGUGAAAAAGAAUUCAGUCGCUCUGUUAACGCAGGGAAUUUUAAGCAAAAAUUCGAGUGGCAGCAAAGUUCCGUUAGCCGCAUAUUACGAUCCCACUCCACGCAGAACCGUUGUUCGCCGCUUACUUCAGUCGGUUGCAGUGUCAGUAGGGCGACGUGCUGUAUAUAGAUCGAUAAGCGAGGGCGGAAAGCGCUUUUAUUCUCAACUUCCAGAAAGAAUUGUGAAAAUGCCCGAAGAAAAGUCUUUCCAGAGACUACCUGAAAAUGUAAAACCAAAACACUACCAGCUAUCGCUAGUGCCGGAUUUAAAAUCCUUCACUUUCCAAGGAUCGGUGUCUAUUCAAAUUGAGGUUGUUGAACCGACUGAUGAAAUCGUGCUUAAUGCCUUAGAUUUAACAUUCGACAAGGCCGAGCUGAAGGGUGACAAGGUACUAACCUCCAGCGAAGUACAGUUGUCUUCAAAAUGCGAGACAGCGACCAUAAAAUUCGCAUCCAUGUUGGCUCCAGGACCUUACGAACUCAAUAUUGAUUUCCAGGGAGAACUCAACGACAAAAUGAAGGGAUUGUACAGGAGCAAGUACACGAUCGGAGACGAUCAAGAGGCUUACGCGGCGGUAACACAGUUCGAAGCAACAGAUGCGAGACGUUGCUUCCCUUGUUGGGAUGAACCGGCACUCAAAGCAACAUUCGAUAUCAGCCUCACUGUGCCUAAACAUCUGGUUGCACUUUCCAAUAUGCCUAUCAAAAGCAGCACACCUCUAGGAGACCUUGUCAAAUAUGACUUCGAGAAAACCCCCAUAAUGUCAACGUACCUGGUAGCUGCCGUAAUCGGGGAGUACGAUUACGUAGAGGAAACGUCCAAUGAUGGGGUUGUGGUACGAGUGUAUACGCCCAAAGGUAAGAAGGAGCAAGGCCUUUUUGCACUUGAAGUAGCCACCAAGGUAUUGCCGUACUACAAGGAGUACUUCGACAUCGCAUAUCCAUUGCCCAAGAUCGACUUAAUAACUGUUGCGGAUUUCAGCGCUGGCGCUAUGGAGAACUGGGGUCUUGUUACUUAUAGAGAAAGUUGCCUGCUAGUAGACCCUGAAAACACAUCCGCAGUCACCAAGCAAUGCAUAGCGUUGGUAGUGGGCCACGAAUUAGCCCAUCAAUGGUUUGGCAACCUGGUGACAAUGGAGUGGUGGACGCACUUGUGGUUGAAUGAAGGUUACGCCUCUUUUCUUGAGUUCCUGUGCAUCAACCACUUGUUCCCCGAGUAUGACCUAUGGACGCAGUUUGUAAACGAGUCUUACAUAAAGGCCCUGGAGCUGGAUAGUUUGAAAAGCUCUCACCCGAUCGAAGUGCCUGUAGACAAUCCAUCCGAGAUCGACGAGAUUUUCGACGAAAUCAGCUACAACAAGGGCGCUUCGGUGCUCAGAAUGUUGCACCACUACAUCGGCGAUGCGGAUUUCAGAAAGGGGAUGCACUUGUACCUGACCCGGCACCAGUAUGGCAACACUUUUACUGAGGACCUGUGGGCUGCGCUAGAAGAGGUCAGCAACAAGCCGGUCAAGCAAGUCAUGUCAACCUGGACCAAACAGAUGGGCUUUCCUGUUGUUAAAGUUACCAGUCAACCUACAGAAGACGGCAACGGCGUGUCGUUAACCUUAACUCAGUCCAAGUUUACCGCAGACGGUUCCAAACCUGCAGAAGACUACCUCUGGAUGGUCCCCAUCGGAAUAUCUACCUCAAAAGACCUUCCUGAGGAAGUGGUGAAUACGAUGCUGAAAACAAAAUCAGCUGAUGUUGUGGUACCGAACGUUGGUCCAGAUGACUUUAUUAAAGUGAACCCCGGUACCAUCGGCUUCUAUAGAACACAGUAUACACCAGAGCUGCUGGAGAAGUUUAUCCCCGCCAUCAAGAAUAAAACGUUACCGCCGUUAGAUAGGUUAGGAUUAGUAGACGACUUAUUUGCAAUGGUUAAAGCGGGUCAUACAAAUACGGUAGAAGUACUUAAACUGUUGGAGGCUUAUAAAGAUGAAAGGGACUACAACGUUUGGUCGUCAAUAGGAAAUGUGUUAGGCAGAUUAUCACAACUUCUGGGACACACUGAUUUCUUAAAAGACUACAAUAAGUAUCAGAAAGUAUUGCUGGAAAAAAUAUACAUUCGGUUGGGCUGGAAGGUAAGGAAUGGCGAGACUCACCUAAACACUAUGCUGCGCGGUCUGGUACUAGGACGUCUUGCAUGGAUCGACGAUGAAAAAAUAAUGAAAGAAGCAAAACAAAGGUUUCGCAAUCAUGUGACGUGUGAAGAAGUGCUUCCCGCCGAUAUACGCAGUGCCUGUUACAAGACAGCACUUAGGGCUGGAGGCAGUACCGACUUUGAAACACUUUUGUUUUUAUACAGAGUAACAGAUUUGAAUGAAGAAAAGGAAAGGAUCAGCAGGGCACUGGGAGCUGCCAAAGAUCCUUAUCUUUUGGAAAAGGCAUUGAUGUUUGCCAUGUCGGACGAAGUAAGAUCACAAGAUACAGUGUUCGUCAUUGCUGCAGUGGCGAUAUCGACCAAAGGCAGCGAAAUGGCAUGGCAGUUCUUCAAAGACCACUGGGAUGAAAUAUCAGAAAGAUUCAGUGGUUAUCUGCUCAACAGGCUAAUAAAGUACCUCACGGAGAAUUUCGCAUCGGAAGCAAUGGCUAAAGACGUCGAGGAGUUCUUUACUCAUCACAAGGCACCUGGAUGUGAGAGAAUAGUGCAACAGUCCGUCGAAACCAUACUUUUGAAUGCUGCCUGGCUCAAACGGGAUUCGGAAGAUAUCAGAAAAUACCUCAGUUCAAUUUAAACGUAACCGUCGGUUAUUACAAUGUUCGAUGAGACGUUUGUUGACCCACCUUAAAAUUGAACAAUGUAAAAUGUUGAAGGUCCGCUCAAAUUUGAAAGCAGAAAAUUUAAAUAUAAAAAUGCCAUGUAUCACAAAACUUUGUUCAUAAUAUGUCAAAUUUUAUGAGAACUUGCGUUACUGAAUUAGUUUCCAAUUUUUUACCAAUUACAAUCCUGUCACGUAAAGGAAUUUUUGUACCCAAUUUCAUACGAAAACUGAGUUUUGUUAAGUCAUAGUCAUUCUAGCCACACUUUUCGUUGCAGCUUGCUAAUUUAUUCCUUUAUUACUUCAGACGAAUAGAAAAUGGAGCAAUCCAGUAAUUCGCAUAUAACGAAGUAAACGAAACCUUGAAGGAAUUUGGUGUCGAAAAUGGAUCAGGGGGAGGGGUGUUACAAUGCAACUGGACCUGGUGGGUUGAAAUAGGUAUCACUUGCCUAUUCCAUACGGCUAUUCCCAAUUAUCAGUUAUACCUAUUCCGCCUAUUCUCUCGAAUCAACUAGGUUUUGCAGCGUUGCCGAUAAUACGAUGAUCUUGAUCCUAAGAUUUUUAUAGCGGAAUAUAGAAAAACUUUCCCUGUUUUGAUUAUCUCUUGCAUUUUUUCUCUUUUUGACUUGGCAACCAUGCUUGUUGGUCCGGUCCCCCGUCGCCGGUGAGAAAUCUACUUUUCCGUCCAAAGUUCAUCCAUUUUUAUUAAAAUUGUGUUAUAAUAACAGUAAUAUGAUCUCUAACAUGCAACAUAAACGAGGUGCUAUAUACCCUUGUAAUGUUGGAACUUACAUGUAUAAAGCAAACAAAAAGUUGGGUUUAUCCCCCCUUGGAUCAAUUUUAUUUAGCGGUUGCUUAUUUCAUAUAAUGAAAAAAAAAUCCACACAGAACUAUAACAAAUCUUCAGAUACCAAUAAGAACAAGAACAACUUGUUUUCGGACUUGGCUGACCAGAUACUGGGUCGCCAAAUGAAUGAUGCGCAAACGUUUGCAGUAAUGUCAGUAGCCUAUACGUAACGAGCAUUAGAGGUUCCCAAUCUGCAUUCGGAAUAAGCUGGAACUGUAAUAGGUUGUUGGAAUAGGUGUAUCUAGUUGGAACUGGAAUUAGUAAUUUCAGGUACGCGUAAAAGCUAUUCUGUAACACCUCUAAGAAGGGAGAAGGGGCCGGCAGGGGUAUUAUGUAACUUGAAAAAUGACAUGAAGGUUUUUUAUGACAUGUAUAAUUUCCUACAAGACGUCAACUUAGAACUAGCAGUCGUUCACUUCAAGCUCACUUGUGUCAAGUGCGGAAUGAACUCUUUGCACACUAGCCACUUUCAACAAGUUGACAUUUUAUCUUUUUUUUUCGAUGUAGGUUUUUCACAUAAUAACUCUGCCGGGCAUGGAUGUACUCCAUAUGCUGAAUAAAGAACUUUCAGUGAAUAAUCGACGGGUUUAUAUUCUCGAUUGGUUCCAGUCUUUCGGAGUUUAUCCAACGCAGCUUGUCUGGCGUUUCUAUUUUUAUAGGCUCUGCUUUUUACAGCAUAUAAACAAUCAUAUUUCUCGUACUCAUUUAGUAGUAUGUUACACUGCUCUAUUGACCAUGACAUCUUUGUCAACAACAACUGAUGAAAGUGUUUGACGUUGGGCGUGUUUUUGUCAAUCAAUUAUCCUCUCAUCUAAUUAUCACAAAACAUCAAGGAAAUAUCAAGGAGUUAAUGCAAAAAUUCCUUGUCAUUAUCCAAAUGGGCAGUAGGCGUCUGCGCACUUUUAGCAUGAUAUUUUUUAGAACAGGUUCUGAAAAUUUAGCACUCAAUUCGUUCAUACGAAAUUCUGUCUGAUACUAUCCUUAAUAUUGUACGAAAUUUAGCGUACUGAAUUCAGCACCAAAUUUCGUAUCGUGACAGACGGUCUUUAAUUUUGAUACUGGAAAAAAUUUGUUGCAGAUUGAUCUGCAAUAACAGCUCUUACAAAAGAUAAUUUCAUUGCAAAAGCAUCGGCAUGUUUGCAUUUCUUAUUGGACAACAUAAGCAUUAACCAACUUAUGUUUAAGAUGAGACUGCAUGAAUUCACCAUAAGUUUCGUCAUUUUAAUGCUUCCAUGUUCAUUUUAAACGAAAUGGUUUGACUUGAGUGCACUAUAAGAGUCAACCAUUUACGGAUUUGAAUUUGCGUCAAAUGCUACGAUAUUCGGAAGACGUUCGUUUCAGGUUUCUCAAUAUAAUGUGUUUCAAAGCAUGGGACACAAAAAUUCGAUGUUAUAAAAAAGUAAGUAGUUUACUUGGACAUUUAUCCGAUUUUAAAAUGUCCUUAAAGGUCAUGGUAGGGUUGACUGACAAGGAUGAACUUGAAGUUAUCCGCAAUUGGCGUUUCAAGAGUUAAAAAUAUCAUUUGAAGCGUAUUCCAGUUAAACAAGAACAUAUUCACACACAUUGACAGUUUACCAGUAUUUUCUGUCCUGUUAUUUCGGUGGCGUAACGGCGAUUCUCAGCAUUUUCAGGCGUAUUUUUUAUAUAUUGAUAAAUUUAUGCCAGUGACUGUACCUAUAAUCUACAUUAGUAUUGGUGUGUUUUAAUGUACGAUAAAUAUAAAUACAUACAUUGGAUUUAUGAAACGUGUAUUUUUCUGUGAAAAGUCAUAUCUCACAGCAGACCAUUUCUUCUAGGACAACAAGUAAUGUUUUUACUAGCUCGUAACAAAAGUAGUGUUCGUGUGAAAUUUUGAAUAAAG